AUGUUCAGUCCACUCCUUGUUUUUUCUUUGUGUAUAUUAACAGUAUGUGAAUCGGCAAAAAUAUUAGCUAUUUUCCCGACGCCAUCUGUGAGCCACCAGGUUGUAUUUCGGCCCCUUACACAGGAGCUAGCCAGGCGUGGCCAUCAGGUUACGGUAGUGACGGCGGACCCAGUUUUUAAAAAUGGAACACCUACAAAUUUAACGGAAAUAGAUGUUCAUGAUAUUUCGUAUAAAUUAUGGAGAGACAACUUUGUGUAUAAGGUAGAGUUUGGACAAAAAAAGACUCUAUUUCCUCAGAUUGAGGCAGCUGUGAAUAUAAUACGUAAACUAACUGUGAUUCACUUGAAACAUGAAAAAAUUCAAGAAUUGAUAAAGGUUCCUUCGCAAUUUGAUAUUCUUUUGGUAGAAGCGUGGACGAGGCAGACUUUAGUAUACUCCUAUAUAUUUAAGGUGCCAGUGAUAUUAAUAAGCUCCUUUGGAAUGAUGAUGGGAAAUGAUGAGACUCUUGGAACUCAAUCGCAUCCGAUUUUAUAUCCUUUAGCACUUCAGCAGAGAUUAUAUAAUCUAACGUUUUGGGAGAAACUAGACGAAUUCUACAAACAUUGGUGGUUUAAAAUGUUAUGGCUUGAGAAAGAAAAUGAAGAAAUUAAUACUUUUAGAGAAGUUCUGGGUCCGGAUUUGCCUAACUAUUGUGAAUUGAAAAAUAAUGUUGAUAUGUUAUUUCUGAAUAUUCACACUAUGUGGAUUGAAAAUCAACCUUUGCCACCAAAUGUUAUAUCGAUUUGGGGUAUUCACAAAAAGCCUGAGAAACCAUUGCCAAAAGAUCUUGAGACAUAUCUGGACUCUUCGAAACAUGGCGUGAUUUAUAUUAGCUUUGGAACUAAUGCUCCUUCGACAACUUUACCACAAGAGUUUAUACAAACAUUAAUCAGAGUGUUUUCCAGACUUCCCUAUGAUGUUCUGUGGAAGUGGGAAGCAGAUGAAAUGCCAGGAAAAUCGACUAAUAUUAAAAUAUCUAAAUGGCUUCCACAAUCAGACCUACUGAGGCAUAAAAAUGUUAAACUAUUCGUCACUCAAGGCGGUCUCCAAUCAACAGAUGAAGCAAUAACUGCUGGAGUACCGCUCAUAGGUAUACCUAUGCUUGGAGAUCAAUGGUACAAUGUUGAGAAAUAUGAGAAACACAGAAUCGGUAUUCGACUUGAUAUGGAAACAAUAACUGAAGGUGUUUUUAGUGCAGCAAUUAAAACCGUCAUAAAUGAUCCAAGUUUUAAAGAGAACAUUAUAAGACUUCGAAGUAUCAUGGCUGAUCAGCCUGUGAGUGCAUUAGACCGAGCAGUUUGGUGGACGGAAUACGUUUUAAGACAUGGUGGAGCGAAACACCUCCGAGCGGCCGGUGCAAAUAUGUCCUGGGUCCAAUAUUAUGAAAUAGAGUUCAUACUUAAAUUAUUUAUAAUUAUCGUAAUAAGUUUUAGUAUUAUGAUAGGAUCGUUGUAUCUGUGUAUGCGAAAAGUUGUAUUUUCCAAGAAGGUUAAAGUUGCUUAG